CUGAGCUGGGGAGGAGCAGCAGGAGGCAGGUCAGCCCUGGCUGGGUACACUUGUGGCUGCUGCUCACCAUGCACAUAACCCAGCUCAACCGGGAGUGCCUGUUGCACCUUUUCUCCUUCCUGGACAAGGACAGCAGAAAGAGCCUUGCCAGGACCUGCUCCCAGCUCCAUGAUGUGUUUGAGGAUCCUGCACUUUGGCCUCUGCUGCACUUCCGUUCCCUGACUGAGCUCAAGAAGGACAACUUCCUUCUGGGCCCAGCACUGCGCAGCCUGUCCAUCUGCUGGCACUCCAGCCGUGUACAGGUGUGCAACAUUGAGGACUGGCUUAAGAGCACCUUCCAGAGGAGCAUCUGCAGCCAGCAUGAGAGCCUGGUCAGUGAUAUCCUCCUCCAGGUGUGUGACAGGUGCCCCAACCUUGCGUCGGUCACGCUGUCGGGUUGCGGCCACGUCACUGACGACUGCCUGGCCCGCCUGCUACGCUGUUGCCCGCGCUUGCGCGCGCUGCGUCUGGAGAACUGCGCGCGUGUGACCAACCGCACGCUGGCGGCCGUGGCGGCUCACGGGUGCGCGCUGCAAACGCUGCACGUGGACUUCUGCCGCAACGUGAGCGCCGCCGGCCUGCGCCGCCUGCGCGCCGCCUGCCCGCUCCUGGCCCUGCGCGCCGAACACAGCGCGGCCAUGAUCCCCGACCAGCUCCCACGCUCGCCAGCGUCGGGCGCGGCCCUCCGCAAGCUGCCUCCACAGUAAGCCCGCCGUGGCCCAGAGAGGGAGCACCUUGGUGUCAGACCGUCCUGGCUUGGAGCCCCCGCCGCCGCGUCUUCUUAGCCUCAUUCUUCCCGUCUAUACGUCGGGGAUAAAGCCUGCCUACCUACCUCACAUCACGAUUUUAUACAGGGGAUGAAGGCGAAAUUAAACGACCGAUUGUUUGGAAAACACUCUGUGGUGCUCACUAAAUACCAGC